AUGUCUACGUCAGCCACAAUAUCAGCAAACGCUGGUUCGACAUCGGGCUCACGUUCGCGUCCUCAGGCUCGCAAGAAGCCAAACGACGAUGCAGCCUACUUUGGAGUCACAGGGACAAAAAGACAGGCGGCGGACAGGGCAGAGGGAGAGCCACGCGUAAAGAGAAAGAGAGUAGAACACGGCACUGCAGUCAGCAGAAGGGCGGAAAAGGCGAAUACAGAUAACGACCUCAAGAGCUCGACUGACUUCAAAAACAUGCCAACCGCAGGGCUCUAUCGUUAUCUCUCCCAUUUCAAUUUGAUUCCACCCGUAUACCCAUCACCCCUGACUGCCGCCGAUCCCCCUUCCCCGGAUUCCCUUCUUGACCCUGUACGGCAGAAUCCACGAGGCGUCAGUCCAUUCGCAAUCCCCCCUUCUGGAAACAGGUCAAGGAGAGAUCCGAAAGAUCAAAACCGACGACGAAGCUCACGGUUACUGGAGGAAAACGAGUGUCGCACGCCCAUCUUGGCGGACGUUGCUGAGUUCCAAGCAGUCCUCGUUGCCAUUGCAGAGAGACAUUUCCAGGACCAUAUGGUCAGUGAAAUAGACACGCUGGCGUCGUUCAUGGUUAAAACGUCAACUAAGUAUGAUUAG